AUGAGCGACGAAGGAGACACCUCACGACCAGCUGUGAUCCUGCCGGCUGCGGAUCCAUUCAAAGUGUUCCGCCCAGACCUGUUCAAGGGUAAAGUGCUCUUCUGCACUGGAGGCGGUUCUGGAAUCUGCUACGAGAUGACCAAGACCAUCAUGUCGUUCGGCGCCAAUGCAGCCAUUUUGGGACGCAAAGCUGACCGUCUCGCGCGAGCGUCCAAAGAACUCUCUUCGGCGACGGGUCAGGAGUGUCUCCCUUGCCCUGCAGACGUCCGCGAGCCGGAACAGCUGCGCGAAGCAGCACGUAAGACGAUUGAGAAGUUCGGCAGGAUCGAUUUUGUUAUUGCCGGCUCAGCUGCCAAUUGGCUCGCCGGUAUCGAGCAGAACACCGAGAAGGGUUUCAAGACCGUCAUCGACAUCGAUCUGAUCGGAUCGUACAACACGGUCAAAGCUACGUUGGAAGAAGUGACCAAGAACAAGGGUAGCUACAUCUUCAUCAGUGCAACGCUCCACUACUAUGGAUUGCCGUACCAGUCGCAUGCGAGCGCCGCAAAGGCUGGUGUGGACGCACUAAGCCGCGUCCUGGCGGUAGAGAUGGGUCCAUUGGGCGUCAGGAGCAACGUCAUCGCUCCGGGUCCCAUCGCCGAUACCGAAGGUAUGGACAGGCUGGCUCCCAAGGGUGUAGGUGAAGCAGUGGCCGAGGGAGUGCCCAUGCAGAGGAUGGGCAAGAAGAGCGAUAUCGCUUCUGCAGGCGUAUACCUCUUCAGCGAUGCGGCCACCUUCAUCACUGGCACCCAGAUGGUGGUUGAUGGUGGAGCUUGGCAAGUUCAAGGCCCUAUGCUGCCGUACCCGACCACCAGUCUAGACCCCAAGAGCUUGAGCUCCCUGGUGAGCGGCUCCCGUCUUUGA